AUGAAGGCGGUAAAGAGAUUAUCUAGUUUUGACGAUGAACAGAUAACAAAAUAUGAUAAGCAUAGAUUACUAAAGAUGUUAUCCAAUCGCUUAUUUCAUUCUCCAGAAAUAAGCGAAACAGACGAAGACCCAACAAAGUCCAUAAUCGCUAUUUACGACUAUUCGUGGAGAUCUGAUAAGCUUAAAAAUUUGCUACAAAAUGUACUCGAUGUACACUCGUCAAAUAAGGGUUUCAAUACUGAAUAUGAUGAAAAAGUAGAAGAAGUUAGUAGAGAGACAAUACCAGCAACUGGCAACACCACCGAAAAUGAUGAAGACCAUAACAAGGAAGGAGAAGAAAAACCAUUAAAAUCAACGGUCAGUGACAAUCAUAAUAAUUCAGAUUCUGAUUUACAUAUGGACAACGCGCAAUGAACAAAUCUGAAUUAAUUUGGUAGAAAACUUUCUUUUUUUCGUUAAAAAUCUAUAUAU